CGUUAGCCAUCCAAAAAUCCAGUGAUUUUUUAAAAAUAUUUUCCCCAAAGUGUAAAAACAAAUGUGUCAAUGAAGACACCGGACACCAAAGCCAAGCUGCUCAAUAAUUUAAGUCUCUCUAAACAUCUGUCUUCUAAGAAAGGCGGCUCCCGCACUAGCAACUGCGGCAAUUGUCUGGAAUUCUCCGUGCUCACCCGUCUCUCCAGUGUGCCCUGAACCACCGCG